AAAAAAAAAUGUAGUGUGUGUUACCGAUGGUGGUGCCAAUGUUAAGAAAAGUACCGAAUUACUCAAUUUAAAACGUUUCGCAUGUGUUGCUCACUCAAUCAAUAACCUAAUACAAAAAGAUUUAAUGAAAUCAAAAGAUAUGAAAGAAUUGACUAGUUUAAUUUCAAAAUUAAGGAAAAUUCAAAGAACUUUGAUUUACAAACACACUCAAUUGAAAACAAUUUACGAAGAUGAUAAGCAUAAACAUUUAAUGAUGAUCUUGUUAGAGGAAUGUUCACAAACGGAUGAUAUAUUUGAUGCUGAGUCACAGUUCUCUGAUGUCAAUUUUGAAGAAUUUAACCGCGGUGGGGAUUUUACAGGAUUAAAAUCCAUCAGCACAGUCCGAUGGAAUUGUGUAUUUAAACUCGCACAAGUUCAUUUGAACCACAUAGGGUCCAUAAAAAAGUGCCUUGAAGAACUAGAGGAAUAUGAUUUGAUUCUAACAAAACAAGAUUCCAUAUUACUUGGCGGGGUGGUUGAAUUAUUGGACGUUUUCAACGUUUUCACAACGUACAUCCAAGGAAAUGAUUUUCCCACUCUCAACUCCCUUGUGCUAUUUUAUUCCGAAAUUAAAGAUCGUUUGGAAACCAUUCAUUUGAUGACGACUGAUGAUUUAAUUGAAAAGGCAGCCGAUAUUCUUUUGACAAAUUUGAAUAGAAGAAUGCCUUUACCGAUGGAAGCAAUUGCCAGUGCGCUUUUGGACCCUUCAACACAGCAUUUAAAAAUCAUUAAUGAAUGGUUAAAUUUAGAAGGAUAUUCAAAGGUUGAAGUCAUCGAAACAGUUGCGCAAUCAAUGAAGAUAAAUAUCCAUGAGACUAUAUCGGAGGCGCCAAUUUUGGAUGACAGAGACACCACAGUCCAACCCAAAUCAUUAAGGGAGAAAUUACUUGCAAAACACAUAAAUAUGAUUCACGGAAGUAGUAAUUUAGAACAGGAACUGGAACUAUUUGCUCAGAAGAAAGAAAUACCAGCAUGUGUUUUGAGUUUUUGGCGUCAAAAUGAGUCAUCAUUUCCAAAAAUGUCUGCGGUUGCCAAAGUAAUUCUGGGAAUACCAGCAACAACAGCCAAAUCGGAAAGUGCUUUUUCAAUUGCUGGUUGCUUAAUACAAAGAAGACGGGCAUCAAUCGAACCAAUGCGUGCUGAAAAAACUUUAUUUAUACAUGAUAACUAUGACUUGUUCAAUUUUUAAGAAAAUUCAUAUUUCUUUGUUAUCUGUAGUCCACACUCAAUUACA